GAGGGUAUCCUCGGCAGCAUCCUCCUGCCUAGCUUUCAUAUAUCUAUGCUGUCUGUCGACGACCACAUCAACAGGAAAUAUGCCUUCAAGGUCAGUACUUGUUUUCAUUCUUUUGUCAUAUUGUCGUUUGGCUACAGUGGUUGAUUAUUUUUAUUUGGUGUCUGAGAUUCCCGAGUUAAGGGGAAACGAGUGAGAGAUUCAUUAGGAGGUGAAAAUGUGAGUUUUUUUGAUAUAUAAAAAAAAAAAAUGCGAGAACAAGAAGAAAAUAGUUAGUUUAGUCAAGGAUUAAGAGGGAAGAGAAAAUGCAGUUUUUUUCUGGUGUGUGCUACCACUACUUUAAGCAUUGUUAGUAAGCUAAGAGUUUAGUCUUGGUCAAAGAGAGGAAAAAUAAGGCUGUUUUAUCUGCUGCUACUGCUAUAGAGUAUUGGUAGUAAGCAGCAGGAACCGCAUUCAGCUCUAGAGCCUGCAAGUCCAGUGGCAGCCAGUCCUAUUUAAUUUUAUGGCAUCUCUCUCGGUGCUGUGGCUUUCUCUCUGGUCGGGUUCCUUUCCAAAGCCACAGAGAGAGACGAGGGUUCGGCUCAGCCCUGCAAAACAGCACAGCCACACAGAUGCCCAGGAGUCUUCCCAAGGUCUCUCUAACCAACCACACAUACUCAGUUUCCAUAUCCUCAGAGAGAGAAGGAGGGAGGGAGACAGAUCAUGGAGGAAGGAAAAUGAAGGGGGAGGAGGAAGAAAACUGUGCAUGACCCCUGUAGAUUUUAGGAUUAAUAAUAAUAGCAAUAUUUUACAUAACUCAAAGGAAAUGGAAUGAUGUUAACUCAACAUUAUGCCAAUCAUUUUAAACUCUCCAUAUUCCUGUCUCUUGUGGCAAACAUGGUAGUUUCAUAAGCCUCACUGACUGUUCAUUCCUCACGGACUUUUGUUACAAAUACAUUUUUGGAUGACACAGGAAUGGCUGCCUUUAGUCUUCAAUCCCUGGUAAACAGAAUACUGUCUUUCUCUCUCUGCUGUCUCCUUCUUCCAUGCACACACUAACAAUGCCUUUGUUUGUCUACUGCGAGCGGGUUUUGAGUGAGGAGAAUUAGCAGCCUGUUUACCAGUCCAAGUGUUGCAUGGUCUCUUCUCUUCAACUCUGAUCUGGCAGGCGACACAUCCCAACAUGCGAACGUACUACUUUUGCACAGACGCAGCCAAAGACAUGGAGUCAUGGAUGAAGGUGAUGACAGAUGCUGCCCUGGUGCACUCAGAGCCUAUCAAGAGCAGGUUAAUAAAAGUAGAACAGUGCCGUCCUCAGGACUUCAGUAACCACAUUACCCAGAACCACCGACCAGUCCUAACCCGACCAGUGAUCCAGAACAACAAGCGGAACCAAGCUGAGGCUGAGCAGGAACAGGAGCUUUACACCGUUGCUGCCAUAACCACGGUAUCCUCCACCGAGGAGAAGGGGAACAGGAAGCAGUGUGACGCGGAGCGCUACGGUUUCCAGAAAGAAGGAGCAGAGAGAGACCGUCCACUUACUAAGAUCAACAGCAUCAAACCUCAGCCGGACCAGGCAGCAGCUGUUGCUGCUAACAUCAGAGAUGGAUCCCCACAACAGGCAGACACACCAGACGGGCUCUACAGAUCCCCACAGGUGAAUGGGUCCGGGGACCAGAGCCCAGGGGAGAUGAUGGCCCACCACGAGCCCCACCAGAGCCCCUCCAUCUUGGGCAGCAUGACCCCUACCACUCCUACCCCCCAGUACCCCCAGCAAGAGCCUGAGCCCAGGGCCCUGACCAGGACCAGUUCCAUGCAGCAGCUGGAACAGUGGGUCCGCACACAGAGAGUACGCAACCAGGACGACGACACUAGAAGUAUCAUGUCGUACCAGACCCUGCCUAGGAACAUGCCCAGCCACCGGGCACCUCCAGUCAGGCCCCACUGUGGGGACCCUGGCUACCGUACCUUACCCAGGAACAGCAUGGUGCGGCCGGACAGUAUCUGCAGCAUGUCCCCUACCAUAUACGACCAGACCCUAGGCAUGGGACUGGGCCUGGGGAUCUCGCCUGCAGACAAGAUGUGCUCCAUGAGCGACGACACCAUGUGGCAGCUGUACGAGUGGCAGCAGAGAAUGGGCUACACUCCCAGCCCCAGGCCAACGUCGUCCACGCCCGGGCCGUAUGGGACCCUGCCCAGCCCCAAGACCAUGAUCAACUUGUCUGAGCACCAGGGUGACAGUCACCAAUCUAUCCCCCCCUCGCCUUCCCACGGCUCCUUGUCCAUGUACGGAGGCUACUCGCCCCUCCGCUCCUCCUACAACCACAGAUCCACUGGGUCAGAAGUGGGCUUGCCUGUAUACCAGGGGAAUAUCACUAUAGACAGGAGACACAGCAGGACAUCACACCUCAAUAAGUAUGCCUACCCGCCUGACAGUAGGCCAUUGCCAGCUGGGAUCCCUGUCCAAACCAUCACUGCCCAAUCUCUGCAAGUCAAAACAAUGAGCCCAGAGGAAUACGGGGAACACUCCUGCAUGUGCAGGCCGGAGGAAGUCGACAUUGAUUUCAAGCUGAGCAGGUUGUGGAAACAGGACAAGGUUGUCCGGACGCAGGAGGACAAGCUACAGCAGCUACACAGAGAGAAGCAUACCCUGGAGAUGGCCCUGCUGAUAGAGAUGAGCUUUGAAAACCCAGCCACUGUACAUGGUGUCAUCCAGCAGAAUGAAGUGCUACAGAGUGGCCUGCUUAGUACCUGUAGAGAGCUAUUCAGAGUUAACACUGAGUUGGAGUGGUCAUGGAGGAAAUAUGAGAAGAUGGAGAGAGACGUUUCAUUGGCCAAGAACAACCUGCUGGAGCAACUAGAGGCACUGGGAAGCCCUCAGAUGGGGCCCCCCAGCCAGCAGCAUGUCCACAUCCAGAAGGAGCUGUGGAGGAUCCAGGACGUGAUGGAAGCCCUCAGCAAGAACAAGGCCCAGAGGAGCUCAGACACACAGGGAUACUAUGGCUCCACACCCAUCUCCAACAAACAGAAGAGUGAAGGUCCAGACUACAGGCUGUAUAAGAGUGAACCAGAGCUCACCACUGUAGCUGAGGUGGAUGAGACCAACGGAGAGGACGGAUCUGAACAGUCUGACAGAGACCCCUCUGACACCAAAGGAUUGUCAUACCCCGUUGGCAUCGUUCCCCCCAGAACCAAAUCUCCCAUAAUACCAGAGUCUUCCACCAUCGCCCCCUGUGUCACGCUGAGGAAGGGCAGGAGGCCAGACCCACACAUGGAGCGUUCCCGCAGUGCAGUAGACCAGCUGUGUAGUGGGCCUGUGGAGAAGGAGAGUGGCAGGCCCAGGAUGAGUGUAGAGGAGCAGCUGGAGAGAAUCAGGAAACACCAACAGUGGGCGCUAAGAGAGAAGACGAAGGGGCUUCACAUCAUGGUGAUCAACAGCCCACAGCAGGGACAGCGAGGCCUGCAGGACAACAACACACACAGCCAUCCACACAGUAACACACCAACACCCUCACGAAGCACCUCGUUCACCAAAGAGAACCCCUUGCAUAGCCUACAGAACCGUCGUCAGCGUGACGAGGUGAUGAGCAGUGACAUCCUGGAGCUGGAGGCGUCACUCAGAGAACAGGAAGUGUUCAGAGAGCAGGAGACACCUGCCGAGGAAAUAGCACGACUCAAAGAGGCCUCGCACACUGACCACUACAACAUGGACAGAGAGUUGUCAGUCCCUGAGAAGGUGUUGAUUCCAGAGCGUUAUGUAGAGUCAGAUCCAGAGGAGGCUCUCAGCCCAGAGCAGGAGGCUGGCAAACAGAAGAAGGUGGACCGUAUUAAAUCCCUCAUCGCCAAAAACAGUAUGCAGAAUGUGCUCUCACCUCCCAGUGGGGUGCUGAGCCCAGAGGAGGAGGCUACAGCUCAAGAGCAGGAGAAGAUGAUCAACAUCUCCUAUGACCUGGCUGCUGAGGCUUCCAAACGCAGCAAGCUGGUCGCAGUGCACAGCUUGUCCUCCUCACCUUGUCCUGAACCCCUUCCUCAUCUCCACCUCGUAACACACAACCACCACCCCAGCUCACUGAUGGGUCCCACUUCAUGUGUGUGUAAUAGGAGUGGCAUCAGUAAUUGUGUGUAGGAUUGCCCCCCAGGCCCUGGCUUCAGUGAAGACCUACAGGUGAGAGAUGUGACACAGAGAGAUGAGGAGGCUCCUGUUUGCUGUAAAGAAGACCUCUACACAAGGACAUGAUACACCCAGCACAAAGUGUAGACCAAGAUAACUGUACUCGACAGACAGAUAGUUGGACCACGCCAUGAGCUGGGCCUUAUAUGCUGUCUGCUCAAUCUAUGCCUCACUGUGACAUCACAUCCUCCUGUGCCAUGGCGUCACUUCCUGUGAUGUCAUCACCCUUUAACGUCAUCACCACAAUCUCCCCUUGCCCCAUGGGAUCACAACUUUGCAAAAAAAAAAACAAUAAUAAGGCAUCGAUACUGUUGUUUGCUGUUAAAUAAAUAAAAAAAUAAAUAUA